GCGACGAGUUCAAUGGAGCGUUUUCCCUGCUGAGUCAGUAGAAAAUGUGCCCAGUCAUCAUCUUAACGUCGUUAAUCGUUGCUGUCGCGGAAGGAUGUUGAAAAUGAGCUUAUAUGAAAGUUUAAUUUUGUUCUGUUUCAUGGAUCAUGUUUACUGGUCAUUAGGAACAAAAUGUAGUGUGGACCAAAUCACGAUCAUAAAAAAUAGUUCAGAACAUUGUCUGGACUGCGUUGAAUGUCCAGUAGGAACAGGAAGUGUCCCACAAUGCGGUUCGUUUCUUAGCAAGAACACUACAGUCAGAUGCAAGAAAUGUGACCAAGGCGCAUCGUAUUCAGAAACACAUGACCACACCUCGUGCAGGCCAUGCAGGAUAUGUGUGGAUAAUGAGGAGGUGAUUAAGAAGUGUACCGUAUCAUCAGACACGCAGUGUGGAAAAUGUAAACCAGGAUACUAUCGUAGUUUUGUAUUCUCGUGUGAAAAAUGUUCACCUUGUUGCCAGGAUACAAAAGAAGAUGACGUGGAACUACAAUGCCUGAGACAAGGAUUCACCACCAAAGAUAGAGCUUGUCGUGACACAGGGAGAGAUUGCCGGCUGCUUAAACCAACUUUAGCUAAUACGUUUAUAUAUAAACGCACAACAUUGGUGUAUAAAUCCACAACGACCCAAGGCAAAGUAACGAAAUUACCCUUAACUUAUUUAAUUGGUGGGAUCAUUGUUAUCCUCGUCGUAGUGGUAUUCGGUUUGGUAGUCAUAUUUCUUGCGCGUCGUAUAUACUGCGAUGCAAAGCAAAAUAGGCCAGAGAUGUCGAAACUUCAGGGGGAACGAUAUGAAUACAAUAAUGACGGGGACAUGUCAAGCCAAGUUGAACUUGGGCAAUCUUUAGUUGAAAACACUAAUGUUUAAAGCUGGUAAAAUAUGAAAUCCAGUCAUCGGUCACUGGAAAAGGCCAUACUUUAUGACAUUAAUAGGGAGCAGAUAAGAAAUAAGUGGAAGGAAGGAUUACAGUAGGAUCAACAGGCUUAAAAGACACAGUACUGGCUCGGUCAUCACACCAAAUCUAGAAUACUGGAGUAUACAGUAUUGCAGCAUGGUUUAUAGACGAUAGAAAUGAACAUAUUUAUUAUUGUAUCCGCUCUAUGUGAAAUGAUAUGCUGACUGGCGUUCGCUCAGUCUGGAUCGUGUAAUUGUACGACAGAAUUUAUAAAAACGUUUUUAUUAAAGUUAUUUACCGAACAACGUGUACGUUCAAUUAAAUGUGAAAGUGAGGUUCUGGAACCGAUGGAGCAUUCUCUGGAUGAUCUGAAGAGAAUACAGCAAGCAACCAAGACGGAAAUUGAUGCAACACAGCCAACACUAUCCCCAGACCUACUAUUC